AGUUCGAAACGGGUCUGUAGCUCCAAGCUAACAAUGUGAUUAUAAGACAAUCAGUAUGAAAUCGGUUAAUUCGCAAGACAAGGCGUAUGCGUUGGGUCAAAGUGGAUUCUGAUCAGUUGAAUAAUAGAAAAAAGGUACCAACGAAUUUCGAGUUAAGAUCAUUCAUUAGCAAUUUUGCACUCCAGCAGAACUGUGAUCUGUGUACUUUCAUAGCGGCUAAAAUACAUUAAGAAAGAUUAAAAGACUAAAAAAUUAUAAGAUUUUGAACACAAAAUCACUGCGAUAGUCAAUUAUGCCCGACAAGGAUACUGCCAAUGUGUCAGACAACGCUAGUCCAGCAGUAAUCGCUAGCAACACUUCGAUGAAUGGAAAUCUACAAGAACAACAAAAAUUCAAAUUGCAAUUCAGGAAUGUUUCCUAUAUUGCCAAACAAAACAAAAAGCUGGUUAAUAUACUCCAUGACGUCUGUGGAGAAUUCAAAUCCGGACGACUUACUGCCGUUUUGGGGCCAUCCGGUGCGGGUAAAACAUCGAUACUCAAUGUGCUUUCCGGUUUCAAAGCCAGCGGUGUCUCGGGUAAAUUUACAUUCAACGACAAGGAGCGAAACCUUUUGGCUUUCCGCAAAUCGUCAUGUUACAUUCCCCAGGAUUUUGCGCUGCUCGAUCUCUUAACGGUGCAAGAGACAAUGAACGACUCGGCAGAUCUUAAAUUACCAGCAAAAAUCGUCACUUCGGAGAAACAAAAAAUCAUCGAUGACAUACUCAUGAUACUCAAUAUGGAUAAGUGCCGUCACAGAUUAGUGCGUAACUUAUCCGGUGGUGAGCGCAAACGUCUAUCUAUCGCUAUAGAACUGGUCACAAAUCCACCGGUUAUGUUUUUCGAUGAACCCACUAGUGGUUUGGAUAGUGUCGCCAGUUUACAAGUUAUCAACUAUUUGAGGCGGCUGGCACUUGAAAAUCGUAUAAUCGUCUGCGUUGUACAUCAGCCAAGUUCGAGGCUAAUAAAACUAUUCGAUGAUGUGAUAGUUAUGUCACGUGGUCAGGUGCUUUAUUCCGGUGCUGAAAGAGAAAUGAUACCCACCUUCGAAACAGCGGGCUUUGCAUUUCCCAAUUACUAUAACCCUGCAGAUUUCGCUUUAGAGAUCAGCAGCGAAGAGCACAAUGAAAAAAUCUCGAACUUGAUUGAAAGGAACAAGGAACGGUUUUGUGGAUUGGUCCACGAUCCAAACGAAAAUGCGGGCAUCAAUGAGAAAUCAAAAAUGUUGAUUAAUUCGAAUUCCCACACGGCCAUUGAGUUGCAAUCGGCAAACGAGUCUGAAUGUGGACAAAUAUCACAUGAACACUGCAGAUUCACCCCAACACGCCUCAGAACAGAGGUGGGAAUUUGGCGUCAACUGAUCGUACUCACCCGCCGGUCUUUGCGUACAAUGUCAAGAAAUUUGAUAGCAGUUCAAUUGCGCGUGGUAAUGCAUGUGAUUGUUUCAGCGCUUGUUGGAGCGGUCUUUUGGGAUAUUGGCAAUGACGGUGCACGGGUAUUAACAAAUAUUUCCUGCAUAUUUUUCAUCAUUAUGUUUAUAUUCUUUGGCAAUGCAAUGCCAUCUAUUUUGUCGUGUCCGCAAGAGACGGCGGUUUUUAUACGCGAAUACCUUAAUGGCUGGUAUUCGCUUAGAGCAUAUUAUGUUUCAAAGCUGACCUCGGACAUUCCUAUGCUCUUCAUUUGCCCAACUCUAUUUACCACAAUCAUUUACUUCAUGACCAGCCAGCCGGACGAUAUGGCACGAUUUGCUAUGUGCUGGGGAAUCAGUUUAAUUUUGGCCAUUGUUGGGCAUUUGAUGGGACUAGCUUUUGGUUCCACAUUUGAUAUACAGAUGGCAAUUUUGUUGGUACCUGGAGUAGCGAUACCAUUUAUGAUAUUUUCAGGAUUUUUCAUACGCAUUCAUGAGCUUUCUUCUUUUUUUCGACCGCUUUGCGAUAUAUCCUUCUACCGUUACACCAUGGAGGCUCUGAUGCAAGCUAUAUAUGGCUACGAUCGCCCUGAUUUAAAAUGUCAUACAGAAUUUUGUUAUUUUAAGUCACCAACUAAACUGCUGAAGGAGUUAGACAUGCUGGGUGAUUUGUAUGGCCAUGACUUAUUCGUUUUGCUGAUAUGGAUCAUAUUUUUUAAAGUGCUAUUUUUCUUGAGCUUGGUUCUACGUGUUAAACGUACACAAUAAGCUUAAAAAACACAUUCAGUUCAAAGCACUUUAUAUAUAAAAGUGUAGGUACAAAGGUGGCCAAUUGAACUGUGAUUCGAUUUUUAUAAGUUUCGAGAGUAGAGCAUUAUCAUUAAUAAGUGAAUGUUAAAAGUACGUUUCAAUAGUCGCAUCGGCGCGUGAAUUUCGCUUAAUAUAGCGUCUUAUAACUUUCCUUGGAAACAUCCCAGUAGAUAAUUUCAGGAGUUGAAAGCACUUCCGAAAAGCCUUCCUGAGAAUCAAGAGGUCUUCCACUCUACAUUCAUUUUUGUAUGGAGUGGCACGAAUUGAAGGGCUUCCCCUUUCGCUACCCACAGAAGGCCUUCCAGAAGGGCUUUUAUAGGACGUACUUCAGAAGGCCUUUUGGAGCUUAGGAUAGCUUCACUUAAGAAGGCCUACCUAAAUUAUCUUCUGGGAUAUUUCUUUAAGUGCUGUCUUGUUAUUAGAUAAUUUCCCCGGAAACGUAUUUUUCUAUAGUAUGUCGCAUUGAAAAUUUCUAAAUAAGAUGUGAAAUCAAACUGAAUUUAAUUAAGUUAAAAUAUUUGAAAAUUAGAAUAGCGUUUUUUUAUAAAUACGUAUACAAAUAAAGAAUAUUUAUAAGAACACAAAAGAA